AUGGCUGAUAUUAACGUCGAAGAGGUGCUUAAGAAGCUCUCUCUCGCUGAGAAGGUAUCCCUUCUUGCAGGUAUUGACUUCUGGCACACAAAGGCUUUUCCUGAGCAUGGAGUCCCUUCUCUCCGUCUCUCGGAUGGUCCCAACGGUGUAAGAGGUACCAGGUUCUUCAACGGUAUUCCUGCAGCAUGCUUCCCCUGUGGCACUGGUCUUGGUGCUACCUUUAACCAGGAGCUCCUUGAGGAAGCAGGAAGGAAGAUGGGCGAGGAGGCAAUUGGAAAAAGCGCACAUGUGAUUCUCGGGCCUACCAUCAAUAUGCAACGGUCACCUCUCGGUGGACGUGGCUUUGAGUCCAUCGGCGAGGACCCUUUUCUCGCUGGUCUCGGUGCCGCUGCCCUCGUUCGCGGAAUACAAAGCACCGGUGUACAGUCGACAAUCAAGCACUUUGUAUGCAACGAUCAAGAACACAAGCGCAUGAGUGUUCAGGCCAUUAUCACCGAACGUGCCCUCCGUGAGAUCUACACUCUUCCCUUCCAACUCGUUGUGCGAGACGCAAAGCCCGGCGCUUUCAUGACAUCUUACAAUGGUGUCAACGGAACCUCUUGCAGUGAAAGCAAGAAGCUGUUGAAGGAUAUGCUCCGUGGAGAAUGGGGUUGGGAGGGUCUGAUCAUGAGUGAUUGGUACGGCACAUACAGUGUUACUGAUGCUAUCAAGGCAGGCCUUGAUCUUGAAAUGCCAGGCCCAACUCGCUGGAGAGGUGAUGUUCUUAACUUUGCUGCUGCUUGCGAGAAGGUCUGGGGACAUGUCAUCGAUGAGCGCGCCCGCGAGGUUCUUAAGUUUGUCAAGAAGUGCGCGGCUUCUGGUGUCAAGGAAAAUGGCCCCGAGAAGACCCUUGACACACCUGAGACUGCUGCUCUCCUCCGCAAGAUUGGAAAUGAGAGCAUUGUUCUUCUCAAGAACGAGAAGAAUCUGCUUCCUCUGGCAAAAGACAAGAAGACCUUGGUCAUCGGACCAAACGCCAAGGUUGCGACCUACCACGGCGGUGGCUCUGCCUCGCUGGUUGCAUAUUACGCCGUUACUCCUUACGACGGCAUCGCCAAAAAGCUAGGCAGCCCUCCCGCCUACAGUAUCGGCGCGUAUACACACAAGCUGAACCCUUUGUUGGGCGACCAGACCAAGGGCCCUGAUGGCAAGUCUGGAAUGAGCUGGAAGGUUUACAACAAACCGCCCAAUGACUCAUCUCGUGAGCUUGUCGACGAGCUUUGGUUGACCAAGUCUGAGAUGCACCUCGUUGAUUACUACAACCCCAAGCUCGAAGACCUCUGGUACGCAGAGCUUGAGGGUAUUCUCGAAGUUGAAGAAGAUUCUACAUAUGAGUUUGGAGUUAUUGUUUGCGGAACUGCCAAUCUAUAUGUAAACGAUGAGCUUGUUGUUGAUAACUCCACCAAGCAGAUUGCCGGCGAUGCCUUCUUUGGAACGGCGACCCGUGAAGAGCUUGGCCACAAGGAGCUGAAGAAGGGUGAUAAGUACAAAGUUAAGAUUGAGUUUGCUUCUGCCCCGAGCUUUACACUCAAGCUCGACAACCCCGUCGUUGGCCAUGGAUCUCUUCGCGUUGGAGCCUCCAAGGUCAUCGAUGCCAAGCAGGAGAUUGAAAGAUCUGUCGCUCUGGCCAAGGAGCACGAUCAGGUCAUUAUCUGCGCUGGCCUCAACUCUGACUGGGAAACUGAGGGUUCUGACCGUGAGAGCAUGAAGCUUCCCGGUGCGCUUGACGAGCUCAUCUCUGCCAUCGCUGCUGCAAACCCUCAGACGGCCGUUGUGAUGCAAACUGGUACACCAGAAGAGAUGCCCUGGCUUGCGGAAGUACCCGCCGUGGUCCAGGCGUGGUAUGGCGGUAACGAGACGGGUAACUGCAUUGCAGAUAUCCUCUUCGGUGAUGCCAAUCCAUCUGGCAAGUUGUCGCUUAGCUUCCCCAAACGCCUGACCGACGUUCCCGCAUUCCUCAACUUCCGCACCGAAGCCGGCCGCACACUCUACGGCGAGGAUGUGUACAUGGGAUACCGAUACUACGAGUUUGCCGACCGAGAAGUCAACUUCCCCUUCGGCCACGGUCUCUCCUACACCACGUUCGCCUUCUCAGACCUUGACGUCUCUUCCAAGGACGGCAAGCUUACUGCCACUGUUACUGUUCGCAACACAGGCUCUGUGCGCGGUGCAGAGGUUGCGCAGCUUUACGUGCACCCGCUGCAGGCCGCCAAGGUCAACCGCCCUGUCAAGGAGCUCAAGGGUUUCGCAAAGGUUGAGCUUGAUGCGGGCGAGUCCAAGACUGUGACCAUUUCCGAGUUGGAGAAGUAUGCUGCUGCUUAUUUUGAUGAGGAGCAGGAUAAGUGGUGCGUUGAGGCUGGUGAGUAUGAAGUGAUUGUAAGCGAUAGCAGUGCUGUGGGCGACAAGGCUCUUAAGGGAUCGUUCAAGGUUGAAGAGCCUUACUGGUGGUCUGGCAUUUAA